AUCGGCGACCGUCGCACUGAUCGCAUCGAGCAUCGAGCAGCAAGCAUCAAGCAUCAAGCAUGGCCGCACCAGUCCCAGUCAUAUUCAACAACGGACGCACGUGUCCCGUCAUCGGACUAGGAACUUGGAAGUCUAAGCCGGGAGAGGUGACUCAAGCAGUCAAAGACGCGAUCGACAUCGGCUACCGGCACGUGGACUGCGCCCACAUCUACCUCAAUGAGAAGGAGGUGGGGGACGCCUUGAGAGCCAAGUUUGAAGAAGGAACAAUCAAAAGAGAGGAUAUCUUCAUAACGUCCAAGUUAUGGUGCACGUUCCACCGCCCUGAUCUCGUGGAGGAAGCUAUCAAGACCUCGUUAAAGAACCUGGGUUUGGAGUACUUGGAUCUCUAUCUGAUACACUGGCCCCAGGCCUUCAAGGAGGGCGACGACCUGUUCCCGAAGGACUCCGAGGACAAGUUCAUCCCGUCGGCGGUGGACUACGUGGACACGUGGGGGGCGCUCGAGGCGCUGGUGGAGAAGGGCCUCACCCGCAGCAUAGGACUCUCCAACUUCAACCGGCGCCAGAUUGAGAGAGUACUGGAAGUGGCCAAGAUCAAGCCGGCUGUCCUCCAGAUCGAAGUGCACCCCUACCUGAACCAGGAGAAGCUGUUCGAGUUCUGCAAGAGUCGCGACAUCGCGGUGACGGCCUACUCCCCGCUGGGCUCCCCCGACCGCCCCGGCGCCGCCCCCACCGCCCCCCAGCUACUACAGGACCCCAGGCUACUCGCUCUCGCAGACAAACACUCCAAGACCACUGCGCAGAUCCUGAUCAGGUACGCCAUCGAUCGCGGCAUGAUCGUGAUCCCCAAGUCCGUGACGAGGAGCAGGAUACAAGAGAACUUCAACGUGUUCGAUUUCCAGCUGACCCUCGAGGACAUCAAGCAGAUAUCUGCUCUGGAAUGUAACGGGAGACUCUGCACUAUGGGAGACACGCACCACCCCGACUACCCCUUCCACGACGAGUACUGAGCAAGGGGCGGCGGCUGCAGAGUGCAGUGGACCCUCACCGUGUUCCUACUGGCACUCACACACACGCGAACCAGCCCAGAGUACUUCCACUCACAAAUAUAUUUAUUUUAUUUUAUAUAGUUGUUAAAUUGCUUCGAGUUCAA